CACGUCAGGUUGUUACACCUUUCAUGUGGCCAACAUAAUCUUCAAUCUCUCUCCUUUUCUACAACUUUUCCUUCCUUCCCGGCGUUUUAAUUUUACCGGGAACUUCAGAAACAACAUGGAGGGACAGUGGACGGCGGGGAUUGUGAUUCUGUCGUGCUAUGUCGUGGCUACCUUGGCGGGAGAACUCACGUUCGAACUCGCCGACAACGACAGGCAGUGCUUCUACGAAGAUGUGGACGCCGGUGUCAAAUGUACACUGGAAUAUCAGGUAGUAACAGGUGGUCACUACGACGUCGAUUGUUUGAUAUCCGAUCCGAGCGACAAGGUCCUGUAUAAGGAGAUCAAAAAGCAGUACGACACCUACACGUGGACGUCCGAGAAAAAAGGCGUCUACAAGUUCUGCUUCAGCAACGAGUUCUCCACCUUCACGCACAAAACCGUGUAUUUCGACUUCAUGGUGGGCGACGAGCCACCAUUGAUACCGGAAAUGGGCGACCACGACACAGCUCUGACACAGAUGGAAUCUUCCUGCGUAACAUCCCACGAGAAUCUGAAGCUCGUAAUUGACUACCAGACACACUUCAGGCUACGAGAGGCACAGGGGCGUGCUUUUGCUGAAAGCCUCAACGAGCGGGUGAACUACUGGUCCAUAGCUCAAACAGUCAUUCUUAUCCUCGUAGGCAUCGGCCAGGUGGUCGUAUUACGUAGCUUUUUCACCGAAAAUAAAAAGCAUCAAGGGAUUUGAGAAGGUAGUUUGUUUGGUUCAGAGGGUGUUUUGGGGUUUUUGCGUAGCUGGGUUACAUUUCAGGCCAUGCCAGUUCUGUUCACUGUUUAAGGACAGCUUUUGGGGUCAAAUUGAUGCAAUUUGGCCAUUUUUGAGAGAUGAAGUCAAGAGAGUAGUUCACUGUUUGAAAAGAGAUUUGUUGUAGUAUAUUGUGAUGUUGUUUCACACAUUGUGACUAGAAAGAGCAAGUUACUUGCAAGAAUUUUGACAGUUGUAGUGACUUAAUUAGAUUGAAAGGAAUUGUACUAGUACAAGUUAAAGUCAGUAUCAGCAAAGAUGUCAUUUGUAAAGCCAAGUCAGCACAUGUGCAGAACAUACUGCACCUGCGCAAAGCAUGGACAUUUCAUGGU